UCACAGGUCCCAGGCUCUAAUAGAAUGAGCCUGUCCUUUCCGGGGUUCUUUGCUUUUUGGGCCCCCCAGAGAGGAGGCUCUCGGAUUCGGAUUGAGUGAUCUCACGGAAACCAUGGGAGACCAGUCGACCACGACCAUCCAUGACAGCCCAGUCGACCACGACCGGCCACGACCGCGCGCCACAGCUGCCCGAGUUCACGCACGGACCGUUUUUUUUCCCCUGUAGUACAGGGGUGAGAGCAGUGCCGAUCGCUUUGCAGAAGAGCACCGUUGCUUCAUUUUUCCUGAAGUGUCCGUACACCAGAAGCGACCGCCGCGCCAUGUGUGACCUUCCGCGUGACCGGGACGCCGACGCCGCCAAGAUCCGUGAACACCCGGAGUCCUGUCGCCCGUGCAGGCAGUUCAAGCCGGAGCUGCCCGAGUCCUGUCAUCACGGCGCCAAGUGUGAGUAUUGUCACCAUCCAGAUCACAAAAAACCAAAGCAUCGAAGCCAGAGGGGCCGCCACAACUUGCAGAAGAAGGAAUUCCAAGAGAAGCGUGGCAGCAUGCCGCUGAAGCUCACAGAGGUGAUCGACCGAAUCUACAAGGUGAUUAAUGACGAGCAACAAAAGGUCAAGAAGCUCCUCAAGGACAUCGACUCCAUCGACAAGCCCUUUCGCGAGCGAGUGGAAACAGCCUUGCUGAAUGCCAUCAACGACAUCGGUCAGAAGGCUCAGCACUUGAGGCCGGACCAAGCUCGUCUCAAAAGCUGUGCACCGAUAGACCCAGUCCGCGACGGAGGGUCCGAGCAGUCGCAGCGGGUGGAGGUGGCCCAUCGCUUCAAAUGGCUCAGUGGCACCUUACAUUUGGUGGUGCGGAAGUGCUGGUCAGAGGAUCGAAGUGAAGACGCCAAAAUGGAGAUCAUCGUACAGCAUAUGGAUGUCUUCCUCGGUGAGCUCGAGAAGGAAACGGCGCUGCUUCACCGCAGGGUGCAGCAGCUCGAUCUGCUCCUGGCGGAUGUGUUCCUGGCGAUGUGCCAGCCGGACGACUUGCAAGGCCGAAUCCAGGAGGUCGCGCGCGAGGACAUCCUCACCAACCGCUUCGACCAGGAGACCCUGAAAGAACUGUGCCUGGAUGCCGGGCGCUUGCUGUGGCAGAAAGUGGACCGUGAGAACAAGGAGCAAAUGCAGACGGCCACUAACCUCAAGGACUUGCUGCAGCUGGUGCAGAAGGACUUGGAGCAACAAAGCAAGGAUCUCCUUUCAGAUGAAGAGUAACACAGCCCAGAGUGGCCCCAG